UUUUUUGAGGCAGAGUCGGAUAAGAGUCAGAGCAGUCAGUGGAGUAAAGACAAUAGACUUUACAAUGACGUGAGAGCAGUGAGGGGGUGGCUCCCAAAAGUGGCUCCCUGAUCUGUAAUUGUUCACUUCCACAAGUCAUGAACCUUGAUGACAUGACUAGAAAAAAACAGGAUUUGUAAUAUGGAAACAAAAACUGCCAACAUUGUUCUACCACAAUAGAAAAUUAAAAGGGAGUGAAGUCUUGCAGUGCGUUCACUCCCUGACCACCUUUGGACUUAAAUGUCUGAUGAUUUUUUUAUUGCAUUUCUGAAGAGAAUAACUGAGAACAAUGUUUUUCAUCCUCCUGGUGUUUUCUUUGAUGAGUUUUCUAUGCGACUUCCAUGUCUCCAGUUGUGAUGAAAACUGUGAAGAUAAACCUGUGUUCACACCGUCCAGACUGGUAGUGAAGAAUAAUGACCCAACCUCUGCCACCUGCUCUGUAAAAAAUGUUUAUGAUAUUUUUAGUUUGGAAAAAUCUCUGGGAAACCAUACAAGAAAUGCAACAGAAAUUUUAUGGAAGGUUCAAAAAAUGACUGAAUGGGAAAUGUCUCCUAUGUGCUAUUAUGAACUUGCUGAUCACCAGUGUUGCAGCAAGCUGCCUAUAACUGUGUACAAGCCUCCAGACAAUGUGUCCUUCAGCUUUAGGAAUCACUCUGGACCGUUGUUAGAGGGUCAUCAGUACACUCUGCAGUGUGAAGUACACAACGUUGCUCCUGUUGAAAACCUCACUGUGACCUUCUACAGAGGAAAGACAGCACUGGGUCAACUACAGUCCAACAACACAGAGAAGACACCAGUGACUGAGAUCUUCAGUCUGAAUAUCAACACCAGAAAAGAACAUGAUAGAGUCCAGUACUGGUGUGAGGCCAAACUAGAACUGGGACCUGAAGGACCACAGCCCCCUCCAGUGGCGACAUCAGAAAAAUUCAGUGCCACUGUGAACAGUACUCCUGCCUCUGGGACAACUCCCAGUACCAGUUCCACACUGAUUCCCAGCUUCAAGCCUCCAGACAAUGUGUCCUUCAGCUUUAGGGAUCACUCUGGACCGUUGUUAGAGGGUCAUCAGUACACUCUGCAGUGUGAAGUACACAACGUUGCUCCUGUUGAAAACCUCACUGUGACCUUCUACAGAGGACAGACAGCACUGGGUCAACUACAGUCCAACAACACAGAGAAGAAACCAGUGACUGAGAUCUUCAGUCUGAACAUCAACACCAGAAAAGAACAUGAUGGAGUCCAGUAUUGGUGUGAGGCCAAACUAGAACUGGGACCUGAAGGACCACAGCCCCCUCCAGUGGUGACAUCAGAAAAAUUCAGUGCCACUGUGAACAGUACUCCUGCCCCUGGGACUACACCCAGUACCAGUUCCACACCAACUCCCAGCUUCAAACCACCAGACAGUGUGUCCAUCGGCUUUAAUUAUGGCCGGAUGCUUAAAUACAGGCAGUACAGUCUGCUGUGUAAAGUACAGAAAGUUGCUCCUGUUGAAAACGUAAUUGUGACCCUCUACAGAGGACAGACAGCACUGUGUCAACUACAGUCCAACAACACAGAGAAGAAACCAGUGACUGAGAUCUUCAGUCUGAACAUCAACACCAGUAAAGAAGAUGAUGGAGUCCAGUACUGGUGUGAAGCCAAACUGGAACUGGGACCUGAAGGACCACAGCCCCCUCCAGUGGUGAUGUCAGAAAAAUUCAGUUCCCCUUGGACCAUACCCAGUACCAGUUCCACACCUAUUCCCAGCUUCAAGCCUCCAGACAAUGUGUCCAUCAGCUUUAGGAAUCACUCUGGACCGUUGUUAGAGGGUCAUCAGUACACUCUGCAGUGUGAAGUACACAACGUUGCUCCUGUUGAAAACCUCAUUGUGACCUUCUACAGAGGACAGACAGCACUGGGUCAACUACAGUCCAACAACACAGAGAAGAAACCAGUGACUGAGAUCUUCACUCUGAACAUCAACACCAGAAAAGAGGAUGAUGGAGUCCAGUACUGGUGUGAGGCCAGACUGGGACCUGAAGGACCACAGCCCCCUCUAGUGGUGAUGUCAGAAAAAUUCAGUGCCACUGUGAACAGUACUCCUGCCCCUGGGACUACCCCCAGUACCAGUUCCACACCAACUCCCAGCUUCAAACCACCAGACAGUGUGUCCAUCGGCUUUAAUUAUGGCCGGAUGCUUAAAUACAGGCAGUACAGUCUGCUGUGUAAAGUACAGAAAGUUGCUCCUGUUGAAAACGUAAUUGUGACCCUCUACAGAGGACAGACAGCACUGUGUCAACUACAGUCCAACAACACAGAGAAGAAACCAGUGACUGAGAUCUUCAGUCUGAACAUCAACACCAGUAAAGAAGAUGAUGGAGUCCAGUACUGGUGUGAAGCCAAACUGGAACUGGGACCUGAAGGACCACAGCCCCCUCCAGUGGUGAUGUCAGAAAAAUUCAGUUCCCCUUGGACCAUACCCAGUACCAGUUCCACACCUAUUCCCAGCUUCAAGCCUCCAGACAAUGUGUCCAUCAGCUUUAGGAAUCACUCUGGACCGUUGUUAGAGGGUCAUCAGUACACUCUGCAGUGUGAAGUACACAACGUUGCUCCUGUUGAAAACCUCACUGUGACCUUCUACAGAGGACAGACAGCACUGGGUCAACUACAGUCCAACAACACAGAGAAGAAACCAGUGACUGAGAUCUUCACUCUGAACAUCAACACCAGAAAAGAGGAUGAUGGAGUCCAGUACUGGUGUGAGGCCAGACUGGGACCUGAAGGACCACAGCCCCCUCUAGUGGUGACGUCAGAAAAAAUCAGUGCCACUGUGAACAGUACUCCUGCCCCUGGGACUACCCCCAGUACCAGUUCCACACCAACUCCCAGCUUCAAACCACCAGACAGUGUGUCCAUUGGCUUUAAUUAUGGGCAGAUGCGUAAAUACGGGCAGUUCAGUCUGCUGUGUAAAGUACAUAAAGCUGCUCUUGUUGAAAACCUCACUGUGACCUUCUACAGAGGACAGACAGCACUGGGUCAACUACAGUCCAACAACACAGAGAAGAAACCAGUGACUGAGAUCCUCACUCUGAGCAUCAACACCAGUAAAGAAGAUGAUGGAGUCCAGUACUGGUGUGAAGCCAAACUGGAACUAGGACUUGAAGGACCACAGCCCCCUCUAGUGCUGACAUCAGAAAAAUUCAGUUCCCCUUGGACCAUACCCAGUACCAGUUCGACACCUAUUCCCAGCUUCAGUAUGUGUUUCAUGCUUUUAUUCUUUUCUCUGGCUGAUUGUGAUCCAGACUGUAGAGAUAAACCUGUUUUCAAACCGUCCAGACUGGUAGUGAAGUAUAAUGACUCAACCUCUGCCACCUGCUCUGUAAAAGAUGUUUAUGAGAUUUUUAUUUUGGAAAAAUCUCUGGGAGACCUUAAAACAAAUGGAACAGAAAUUUUAUGGACAGUUGAAAAAAUGACUGAAUGGGACCCAUUUGUCAUGUGCUAUUAUGAACUUGCUGAUCACCACUGUUGCAGAACGCUGUCUGUAACUGUGUACAAGCCUCCAGACAAUGUGUCCAUCAGCUUUAGGGAUCACUCUGGACCGUUGUUAGAGGGUCAUCAGUACAUUCUGCAGUGUGAAGUACACAACGUUGCUCCUGUUGAAAACCUCACUGUGACCUUCUACAGAGGACAGACAGCACUGGGUCAACUACAGUCCAACAACACAGAGAAGAAACCAGUGACUGAGAUCUUCACUCUGAGCAUCAACACCAGAAAAGAAGAUGAUGGAGUCCAGUACUGGUGUGAAGCCAAAUUGGAACUGGGACCUGAAAGACCACAGCCCCCUAUAGUGCUGUCAUCACAUCAACGUAUCCGUGCCACUGUCCUCUAUAAGCCUCAGCUACUGGUCCCACCACAUCCAGAUCAGAUCACCAUCACAGAAGGAAGCCCUCUACAGCUGAACUGCACAGCUGUUGGAAACCCCAGCCCCUCGUACACCUGGGUGCUCCCACCAUCCAGCCUCCUGCCCUCCAACAGCAAUGUUCUCACCAUCAAAUCUGUAGCUUCUGACCCCGGGCACAGUACACCUGUGAAGUUUUGCAAACCUGCAGCUCAGUCCUCCAUUCGUAUCUUGUUGGACCUAUCAGCAGCCUUUGACAUGGUGGACCAACACAUCCUGCAAUCUGUCCUGUCCAAUAUGGGCAUCUCAGAUGAAUACUGUCCAGAUAAACCUGUGUUCAACCCAUCCAGACUGGUAGUGAAGUAUGGUGACCCAGUCUCUGUCACAUGCUCGAUACGCCAGUCUUACCAAGACUAUUUUUUGGGUUUGGUAAACUUUAUGGGAAACCAUACAACAAAUGGAACUACAAUUUUAUGGGAGGUUGAAAACAUGACUGAAUGGAGGACAUUAACCAAAUGCUGUCAUAUUAAUGCUACUCAUUACUGUUGUUGUAGCAAGCUGCCUAUAACUGUGUACAAGCCUCCAGACAGUGUGUCCUUCAGCUUUAGGGAUCACUCUGGACCGUUGUUAGAGGGUCAUCAGUACACUCUGCAGUGUGAAGUACACAACGUUGCUCCUGUUGAAAACCUCACUGUGACCUUCUACAGAGGACAGACAGCACUGGGUCAACUACAGUCCAACAACACAGAGAAGACACCAGUGACUGAGAUCUUCACUCUGAACAUCAACACCAGUAAAGAGGAUGAUGGAGUCCAGUACUGGUGUGAAGCCAAACUGGAACUGGGACCUGAAGGACCACAGCCCCUUCUGGUGGUGACAUCAGAAAAAUUCAGUUCCCCUUGGACCAUACCCAGUACCAGUUCAACACCUAUUCCCAGCUUCAGUAUGUGCUUCAUGCUUUUAUCCUUUUCUCUGGUUUGAGUUCAUUCACACAGUUAUUAAGAGGCAGUUUGUUUCCAGAGCUAUAACAUGAUAAACAGCCACCAUCUCCAGCAUAGCUUAAUCUGUUCUUCAAAUGAAAACGCAACCUGUUGUGAGCCAUUUGUUUUCACAGUGCAGUACUGAUAUUCAACCACUAGAGUGCUGUAGUGUGUAAUCUAUAACAUGAGCAGUUUUUGAAAUAAUAGUAAUGGCUUUUAUACAUAUACAAAUUCACUUAGAUGCAAUAUUUUUCUUGAAUUACUGUUCAUGUAGACCAGCGCUUACUUGAAAUCACAGUAAAAAUGUUGCAGAAUGCAUUUCAUUUCAGAAAAAUUCCUUAAUUCCUUUUUUUUAAAAUAUUUUUUGUUUUUGAUUUUGGAAAAACACGGUCAAAAUAUUGCUGUCUGUGGAACAGAAAACGUAUUUUCCACCAUGUAAUACUGAUAUAUUACUGUGUUGUAAUCUGCAAAGUGAGCAGUGUUUAAGUGUUAAGCUUACAGUGUGUAAGAUAAUAGGUCAUGUCCUUCGUAUUUUUUCUCCUCGGAAAUUGAGGAUUUUAGCAAUGUGUGAGACGUUUACAUUUUAAUAGUAUUAGUAUAUUUAGCCAGACAAAAAAUUAAUAACAAAUAAAAGGAUAGGACUUGGUAUGGGUACUGGUGCCUGUGCAGCGUCAUACAAUGUGUUUUGAUCCUAUUUUCCAAACUAAAAAAGUAAUAAAUAAGGAUUUUUUCUGAAAUAAAAUAACAUCUAAAGUUACAACGGUGUUGUUAUUUAAAUCAGGAAAUUUGAUCCAAAAAAUAAAUGAGCAGUCUUUAAAAAAAUCUUGACUAAGAAUGUUUUUAAGGAACUUCAAUUGAUGCUAAGUAAAAAAAAAAAAAAAAAAAAAAAAACUUUUACACCUUCAUAUUGGAUUAAAAAUAAUUUACAGUGAAUCAAAUACAUAGAGUAAAAAUGAAAAAUGUAAGUAUUGGAGAGGUGCUGUGAUUCACAACUUCACAAGUCAAGUUAAAGAAACAAAAAGGAUUAUUUUAAAAAAUAAUAAUACAGUCAGUAAGCGCAAUUCCAUUGCCACAAUUAUUUUCCUAACUUUGAAAAUGCAUCCUGUUUAUGUUUUAUUCAGUUAAAUACUGUAUUUUCAUUCAGUAUUCAUCCACACCAACAGUUAAUAUGAAUCUCUAAUCUUGAAUUGAGAUUACAAUCAAAGCACAGCUAGUACACAGUUACAUAAAAGCAAAAGCAUUUCCUGUCAUUGAUAUGCCAAACUACUCCCUGGCUAAAAAAUAAACAUGAUUGUGCUCUUGUCCCAUAGUUUUUAGGCAUGGCUGUGCAUACAUAAAACUCAGUUCUUUUACUAAUAUUAUCAAUAAGCACAUUAUUCACAUCAUUACUUCUACUUGACAGAAAAGGUUUUGUGGUUUUUGUAAACUUAUAACAGGAGUGGGGAUUUCCCCUCCAAUCAGCCGUCUGCCACAGUGUCUGUAUUCAGACUACCACUGGGGGGUGCCAUUUUAUAAACGUACUAUCUGAUUAUGACUUUUUCUUCUCACUAUCAUUUUCAGUAUAGUUAAUUGUAAUUUAAAACUUAGUUAAGAAAUGAAAGAAGUCUACUCAUGUGACUCAUGUUGAGUAAAUGACACAUGUGAAUCAAGUGGAAAAUGGGCACGUUGUGACUGGUACAGUCCUCACCCCUCUUACCUCUCCAGUUAUCUAGAAUUGUGUUGUUUCACCAAAAGACAGUCACAGUGAUUAAUAAGAUAUGUAAUGAUUCAUGUAAUGAUUCCAGGAUUCAAAGUGUUAUCUGUCACAUACACUGGCAAUAGCCUACAUGCAGUAAAAUGCAGUGUGCCAUUGAGGCUGUACUAAAAGACCAUGGGCAGACCGUGACACAGUGGGCCCUUGGGCAAAAGACCACCCACACUUUCUGGUUGUUUUGCAUCUAUAUUUAAUCUUUUCAUGUUAAUUUUUAAGCUGCUUUGCAUCUCAUUCUGGUCAUUUUGCAUCUCUUUGUAGUCAUUCUAGUUGUUAUGGGUCUAUUUCUUUUUAUCCUUUUCUUUUUUUUUAUUUCUUUGGGGUUUGUUGUGUCUCUUUGUGGUCAUGUUGUACUGCUUUACAGUCAUUUUGUUGUGAAGUCAUUUUGCAUCUAUUUUUCGUCAUUGUGGUUAUUUUGUCACCUCUUUGUAGUUGGUUUGUUUCUUUCAGUGCCUGACCUCAGGUCCCUUGCCCUGUGCCCACUGGGCCUCUUCAAUAAUACAUCAGUGUAAAAGAAAAAUAUUACAAAAUUAAUUGUGUAUCUAAGACUUUGAGAAAUUAGGAUGGAGGGCUAGAGUAAUAAUUAGCUUUACAGGCAGGUAGAGCACAGAGAGAAUACUAUAACAAGCUAGACCUCAGUAGGUCAUUGUUUGGUCCAUUAGAAAAGCCAUGUAAUGAAGUACAUCGUGACCUUAGCCAGAGAUUAAAAUGCUGUAAGCGAUGGAAACUUUCAGUUGGUCCUAAAAAAACAAACAACAUGGUAAAAAAUAUCCAUAUAUUCCCUUUAAAUUUCAUCAUUCUGAGUAAGAGUUGAUGUAGUACUCAUGACUAAACUAUAUGACCUCACUGAAUACACAGUCUGUGACAUGACAUUGCAGUAAUACAUGUUGUGCAUGACUAUAAAUUUAGCUGUUGGAUUGUUUGAACAGCAUGCUGGUUUCCUGUCCGGUUCAGGCAGUGAAGUUAAGUAAUAUUUCCUAUGAAAUUCCCCCCACGCCCCCCUGACACUUAAAUGGCAAAAUGUCAACCACAGUCAACUUCCCCAUGGUGCAUCUAAGAGCAUGUAUCACUUCUAUGUUCUGUGAAGAACUGGAAACUUCAUACGUUAUACUGUAGAGAUUAUCACCCCGAAUUAAUUCAAAUGCAUGCAGUUCUGUUGAAUUUCUUACUUUCAUCCCAAAAGAAUCAACAAAAUGAUGGUAGAAUGAAAUGGUUAGCCACUUCUCCCAAUGUAUAAACCAUGCAAGGUGUUUACAGUAACUAACGUUAACACUGACUUCAGGCAGAGAGAUGUAUUUUUUUGUAUAUAACUCCUUGUUCAAAGUUCACUUAUCCAGUCAUUUCACAUGAAUGCAGGGGAAGAGAAAAUCUACAGUCAUAUCUGAUUUAGCUUCUCUUUCGAUUGUCCCCUGCUCCAACUAAAUCCUGACUGUUAGCCUGACUGGAAUACACCUAAUUACACCACCUUCAGCCAAAGAACAUGUAGAGGCAAGCUCGAAAAGGUCAGUGAGUAAUAAAAUGACAGACAUGGAGAUUAACAAUGGAGUUUUAACCUGGUUUGUACAACGGCUGCCUGUUGAGCCUGUUAUUUUGCAGAGGCAAGCUUUCUUCUGGAGCUAGAAUUAGAUCUUAUUUAUUAUGAAGUGAGGUGACAGGUUAUUGAUUAAGUGAGGUGUUCAGCAACCUGAAGGCUUCUUUCUCUUCUCUUCCAUCUAUCCGGAUAUCAGAGCUCCUCGUCCUAUAUCUAAGGCUGAGCCUUGACCAUCAACUGGUUAAAUGAAAGCUUUGCCUUCUAGCUCAGCUCCCUCUUCACCUCAAUGGUCUGGUACAACACCUGUUUUACUGCUGAUGCUGCCAAGUCUUGGGGCGUGAACUCCGCCCCAUCGCGAUGGGAAGAAUCCACCAUUUUCUGACCAUGAGCCAUGGCUUCUGACUUGGACAUUUUGACUCUCCUCCCAGCCACUUCACAGUUGGCUGCAAACCAACCCAGCACACACUGAAGGUGAAGCCGACAGAAUCACAUUGUCUGCAAAUGGUGGAGAGGCAGUUCUGAGGCCUCCAAACCGGACAUUCUCCUUCCCUUUGCUGUGCCUUGAAAUCCUGUCCUUGAAAACCACAGACAGGGUUGAUGACAACCCUGGCAGAGGCCAACACCCAUUAGAAACAGUCUUGAUUUCCUAUUUGAUUUUCUACCAAGACAUUAAGGCUUAUUCAUUUAGAUUUGAACAGAAGCCAAAGAGGAAGUGUCAUGAUGUGCUUUUAUGGGGGGAAGCAUGUCAGCUACUUAACCACAACACGUUUUUUGUUUUGAACUCACCACACAAAUUAGGUAUAACGUGUUGAUAAGUGAGUUUCCUCAUUUCCUGUGUUUAUGCUAAACUAACUGUCUCCCAGCUGUAGUUUCACAUUUACUGUACAGAUGUGAGAGUAUCAAUCUUCUAUUUUAUAAUAAUAAGCAAAUUUUAUUGUGGUUUGUUUUCCAUCCAUUAUUAAAUCAAAUCAAAUUCAUCUUUCA